UUAUUUAUCGCAAAAUAUACUGCACAUGUGAAAAUAUUGAAAAGUGCCGACACAAGGAGAAUGUUUUAACUGCAUAAAACACCGAAAAAUUUUCCAUAAAUUUCGUAACGUUUUACUAAAAACUGCUCAUCAUCCCGCCAUGGCUGCGCCCGCUCCCAAUCUGCUGAUGUGCACAAUGUGCCGGAAACGGCAGCCGGCAGCGGCAGCGCCCAGUAAAGCGCGCAAGGUCGCCAUGCAGCCGGCUGUACAGGCGAUGGGGACCAUUCUGCAGAAACACCGGAAGAAGACAAUAUUGACCGGACGUCUGCAGAAAAAACCCGCCCACCUUAUCCAGAAAAAGAAGCCAUUGCCGGCGAAAAAACGCACGGCUUUGAAGCGGCCCAUCUCUCUGUAUAAACUGUAUAAGAAAGCGGCUGUGGUUAAAAAGCGUCAUGUCAAGGGCAAAUACCAUCAGAAUGCGACGAACAAACCAGCGCGCAAGGCGCCGAAGAAAGGAAUUAACACCAACAAGAAACGCGCGGUUUUUAAUGCCAGAGUGAAGAGAUUGAACGCCAAAAUGGUGCGCAAAGCGUCAGACAGUGGGAAGCCCCGCGGAAAGAUGUCCGCCUACGCAUUCUUCCUCCAGACCUACCGCGACGAGCUGAAGCAGAGAAAUCCCAAUGAGUCGGUGAAUUUUGCGGAAUUCUCCAAAAAAUGCGCGGAAAAAUGGAAGAAUAUGUCGGAGGUUCAGAAGAAGCGCUACAACGAUAUGGCCGCCAGUGACAAACUGCGUUACACCAAAGAAAUGGCCAACUACAAGCCACCUCCCGGCGAACGCGGUGGAAAGCGCAAGCGCGGAAAGAAGGAUCCCAAUGCGCCGAAGCGGGCUCUGUCGGCGUUCUUCUGGUUCUGCAAUGACGAGCGCCCGGCCGUGAAGCUGGCGCUGAACAACACCAACCAGGUCAGCAUCAUCGCCAAGGAGCUGGCGCGUCGCUGGGGUCUGAUGCGGCCGGAGCAGCGCUCGCGCUACGAAGCCCUGGCGCAGAAGGACAAGGAGCGCUACGAGAAGGAAAACAAAGCGUACAAGCAGCGGAUGGGUCUGCCCCUGGGGCCCAAACGCGGGCCGGCCGCCGUGGCGCAGACCAGUGCGAUGGUGCAGCAGCCCAUGGAGGAUGACGACGAUGAGGACGAUGAAGAUGACGAGGACGACGAGUAGACUGGACGUUAACCGAAGCGGAGCAGCACACACAGACAGCAGUAUAUUGGCACUGUGUUCCAUAUCGUAACGACGCCCGUGGUUUCCCCCCAAAAACAUUAAUCCCUUUAUUCCUGUUAUUUUAUUGUAUAGUUGCGAAACGGCCCGAGCUCCCGCCUCGCGGGGCGGUAGACAGUGGCGACGAACAAUUGUUGCUUUUUAGCUGUUGGAUCUCGUGGAGACGAAUUAUGUUAUGUUGUUUCCAGUGGCAGAGUGAGGCUGCGUUGACAUAGCGUGGAGUACUGUAUUAUUGGGUAUUAUAGUGGCAUCGAGUAUAAUUCGAAGGUUUAAUUCGUGGCGGUAUUUUUAGAGGCAUUUUGCGCGCGGGUCUCUGUCCAUAUCAUUUGUUGAAUAAAUUCCGAAAUUCGAAUG